AAUGUCUCUGUUUUCACGAUAAGAUCGUGGACAAAUAGCGUUCAGUUAUUCAUGUUCGUCACUGAGUUUUGUUCUUGUUCACUGAGAACGAUGCGUGCGUUACAAAUACAUCAUUAGUCAAAUGUUGUGCCAGGGUAGAAGGUGAAGAGCAAAGAGUACCCUUGCAAAGCAUGGCGUCGGCGUACGGAUCCCGUACCCUGAGCAAAGACGAUGUCAAUUAUAGACUGCAUUUCCGCAUGAUCAAUGAACAGCAAGUGGAGGAUAUUACCAUUGAAUUCUUCUAUAAGCCACAUACCAUAACUCUUCUAACUUGCACGGUGCUUAGUUUAAUGUACUUUGCAUUUACAAGAGAUGAUGGGAAUCCAGACAGUAAUCUCUGGGUGGGGCUCAUUCUGGUCAUCUCUUUUUUCCUGGUCAUCAGUGUCCUUGCUUUCCCUAACGGUCCAUUUACAAGACCACACCCAGCAAUAUGGCGCAUGGUGUUUGGUCUGAGUGUGUUGUACUUUCUGUUCUUGGUCUUCAUUAUCUUUCUGAACUGGGAACAAGUGAAAAUGCUCAUGUACUGGUUGGACCCCAAUCUUCGUUAUGCUAAACGAGAGGCUGAUAUCAUGGAGUAUGCUGUCAACUGUCAUGUCAUUACCUGGGAGCGAAUCCUCAGUCACUUUGACAUCUUUGCCUUUAGCCAUUUUUGGGGCUGGGGCAUGAAGGCUCUGCUUAUCCGCAGUUAUGGCCUUUGCUGGACCAUCAGCAUCACCUGGGAACUCACUGAGCUGUUCUUCAUGCACCUGCUGCCUAAUUUCGCAGAAUGCUGGUGGGACCAAGUGAUCCUGGAUAUACUUUUGUGUAAUGGUGGUGGUAUCUGGUUGGGUAUGACUGUCUGCCGUUUCCUGGAGAUGCGUACCUACCACUGGGCCAGUAUCAAAGAUAUCCACAGUACUACAGGGAAGAUCAAACGUGCUGUUUUGCAGUUUACCCCAGCUAGCUGGACCUACGUGCGUUGGUUUGACCCUAAGUCUUCCUUCCAACGUGUAACUGGCGUCUACCUUUUUAUGAUCAUCUGGCAGCUGACAGAGUUGAAUACGUUCUUCCUGAAGCACAUUUUUGUGUUUCCCGCGUGCCACGCACUCAGCUGGUGCAGAAUUCUGUUCAUUGGCAUUAUUACAGCCCCCACUGUGCGGCAGUAUUACGCAUACCUUACAGAUACACAGUGUAAAAGAGUUGGGACUCAGUGCUGGGUUUUUGGAGCCAUUGCCUUCCUCGAGGCCCUAGCCUGCAUUAAGUUUGGUCAGGACCUGUUUUCAAAAACACAGAUUCUCUAUGUGAUCUUGUGGCUCUUGUGUGUGGCUUUUAUCACAUUCCUGUGUCUGUACGGGAUGGUUUGGUAUGCAGAGAAUUAUGGGCCAAGGGAGAAGAGCUUUUCAGAGUGUGAGGACAGUGCUUACGUAGAGUCAAGUGACUAUGUGUCUGAGUGUGUUCAAGGGGAGUCUGAACAGGAUAGCACGGCUCCUGCCUACAGACGGAAAGGGAAGGGCUCUGGAAAAAACAAGACCGUCAACGGCCUGGAAAAGUAACAGGAUCCUCCCGGAUACUUCAGUUUUCCUGACGCUCCCACAGAAACGGCAAAGGGGACAGAAAGAAGGAGAGAUUUUAACUUUUGCACAUUUUUAGUUCUCCAAGAUCAUGGAGGGAGACAGAAAAUAGGGAUGAUUCUGUCCACAGUGUAUUACAAUAUCCUUAGAUUUGUUUGUGUAUUAAAAGAGGACAGAUGUAGUAAACACUGCCAUCCGACAGCUGGUCACUACUACUGCUGUAUGCGUGCACCGAUACUCUAUCUCUAAUUUCCAGAUCGCAUGUUUAUUUUAGUUGACAAAACUAAAAAAAAGUUGGCUAACCACAUAGGUCACGUUCAUUUCCAGUCCAGUAUUUUGCUUUCGUUCCUUGACAAAGAGAUCAACCUUUUAGUGUUAACUGUCAGCAGCAUAGAUGAGAUGUUGUACACUUUCAGGAAUUAUGCAUAGAGUGCAAUUUCUUAAAUCAUUCAUAAUUUAUAUUUUUUUACAUGACUGGUAUGGAACAUUUCUAUGUUUUACAAAGCAAGCUUUAUAGAAACCUUUAGUCUGUAACUGGCCCUUUGUUACUGUAUGCAGAGAAAGGGUCGUUUGGAUAUCUUCCUUGACCAGUAUGUCAGUGUGUGUCAUGUCUAUGUGCAGGUCCUUGUUCUUUCUGGUUGUGUCUUUGUGACAUGAACACAGAAUGGAACAUAACCAGGGUUUUAAUGUGAAGCUGAUUUGACAGGAUUGAAGUUUGACUGAUGUGAUUGUGUAUAGUCCUGGCUUUCGGCAAAGCACACAGUUAAAGCACUUUUUUUAGAAUCGCCCUUCACAAACUGUACUUGAUUAUACUGAACAUUUGUAAGGUGUGUGUAUUCUUUUGUUUUGUUGGUCAUAUCAUCACUGUAUUGAGAUAUAACUCAUGGCUGCUAUAGUUUUUUUUUUGAAACUGUAACAGCAAGAGGUGGUCAGUUUUGCACGUGUACAACCUUCAAGUGCACAUCUCAUUGUGUAGUAAAAAAAAAAGUUAGAUUGCUCUAUCAUUUUCUCUAGUGGCAUGUCUUUUGUAAUGGAAGUUGUCCUAGUCUCACUGCUCUCACAGAAAUCAGUAUAAACGCCUCUUGUUUAUCUACAGUGGUAUAAUGUUUUAAUACAAAAAAAAAA